UAAAAGGGUAGCUAGAAGCAGCUAGGGGUGAGGGGAACGGAGGUGUGAGUAGAAAGCGCGAGCUCUCGGUCUCUCUCUUCCUUUUAUUAUAUAAAUGAAUGAAUGACUGAAUUAUUGAGUAGAAGGGCACGCGUACAAGGAAACACGCCUCCGCUUGGACAACCGAACGUCGAAGCCUUUGAUAUUUGACUUGUGUUCAAUGGUACUACGUGUUUCUAUCUGUACAUUUUGGGCUCGAGAGUAGGACGCGUGUCAAGUCUCGCGCCCGUCAUCGUAAAACACUUCGGAAGAUUGUUUUUGCUCGAAAGACCGCUGCUACGAAACUCCUCGCUGAGAAGAUGGCAACUUUAACAAACGGACAGGUGGACGGCAGCAUGGUUCACGGAGGAGCGGCCAGUACGAACGGGCUCGUGAACGGAAUAAGCCACGCGCACAGUCCCGGGAGCUGCGCAACCAUUCCCAUGAAGGACCACGAUGCCAUCAAACUGUUCAUCGGACAGAUACCGCGCAACCUUGACGAGAAGGACCUCCGGCCACUCUUCGAGGAAUUUGGCAAGAUCUAUGAGCUCACCGUGCUGAAAGACCGCUUCACUGGCAUGCACAAAGGCUGUGCCUUCCUCACAUACUGUGCAAGAGAAUCAGCGCUAAAAGCUCAGACCGCGCUACACGAGCAGAAGACACUACCUGGGAUGAACAGACCGAUCCAGGUGAAACCAGCAGACAGUGAGAGCAGGGGAGAAGACAGAAAACUCUUUGUUGGCAUGCUGAACAAGCAGCAAUGUGAAGAUGAUGUGCGGCGUCUUUUUGAGACCUUCGGCUGCAUCGAGGAGUGCACCAUCCUCAGAGGUCCUGACGGAAACAGCAAAGGUUGUGCGUUCGUGAAGUAUUCCACACAUGCAGAAGCUCAGGCCGCUAUUAGUGCUUUACAUGGCAGCCAAACCAUGCCUGGUGCUUCCUCAAGCCUGGUGGUGAAGUUUGCAGACACAGAUAAGGAGCGGACCAUUCGACGCAUGCAGCAGAUGGCCGGUCAGAUGGGCAUCUUCAAUCCAAUGGCCCUGCAGUUUGGAGCGUACGGUGCCUAUGCACAGGUCCAGCAGCAGGCAGCACUGAUGGCAUCAGUAGGUCAGGGAGGAUAUCUAAGCCCUAUGGCCGCUUUUGCUGCUGCACAGAUGCAACACAUGGCCACCAUCAAUGGCCUCCCAGGGGCUCCCAUGACCCCAACAUCAGGUGGAAGCACGCCCCCUGGCAUCACGGCUCCCACAGUGACCAGCAUUCCAUCUCCGAUCAGUGUUAACGGUUUCACAGGGCUGCCACCUCAUCAGGCCAAUGGCCAGCCCCCAGCAGAGGCCAUGUUUACCAAUGGGAUCCAUCCUUACCCAGUUUUGCAGGAGGUGGUGUUUAGGGAAGACUCGGAGAAGGGCGGCCUGGGCGUGGCGCAGAGGAGUUGUUUUGGGGUUCAGGGAAGCUGCUUCCUGUCCUCCCUCUCAGAAGCUCAGAGUCCCACUGCAGCAGACCCCUUACAGCAGGCAUACGCUGGAGUCCAACAAUAUGCAGCAGCCUUCCCCGCUACAUACGGACAGAUCAGCCAGGCUUUUCCCCAACCACCUCCCAUCAUCCCCCAGCAACAAAGAGAAGGGCCUGAAGGGUGUAACCUGUUUAUUUAUCACCUCCCUCAGGAGUUUGGGGACGGCGAGCUGAUGCAGAUGUUCCUGCCUUUCGGUAAUGUCAUCUCCUCCAAAGUGUUUGUGGAUCGGGCGACAAACCAAAGUAAAUGCUUUGGCUUUGUGAGCUUUGAUAACCCGGGUAGUGCCCAGGCCGCCAUCCAGUCCAUGAAUGGCUUUCAGAUCGGCAUGAAGAGACUCAAAGUGCAGCUGAAGAGGCCAAAGGAUGCCAACCGCCCAUAUUAGCCCCGUCCCCUCCCCCCAGCCACCCCUGACCCUGGGGGUGAAGGCCGCCGCUACGCACAGGGAAUAACAGGUUUUGAAGUUGGAACACAUGUUGAUAACAUGCCAAAUGUAUUUGAAAUCUAAGAAAAACACAACAGAUCGAGAUCAUCAGGGCUGGGGAAUCAGCUGAAGUGGGACAUGUGGAGGAUGUAGCCAUGUGAUACACCAACACCACCAUCACCAGGCUCAAUGGACCUUUUUGAACUUCAACAUUGAACUCAGGGGAGCCGCGGUGUUACUGGACCAUGCCGUACUCCCUUUUCUGAAACCUCCCCAAGCCCUCAUUUUGCAGAACCACAGGAUGAAUUAUUGAAGACCAACACAUUAAUAUACUAAAAAAAAAUAAAAAAAAAAUAAAAAAAACAAACAAAAAAAAAACAAUGUAAGCCCUUUGAAGGCACUGAAUCUAAGAAUAAAUAGUAAGAGAAAAAAAAAACACUUUUUAAAACUAAAAUAGACUUUUAGAGGGGAAUCAUGUACUACUGAACGUGUCUUUGGGAAACUUUUUAAAGAACUGUUUUAGAAUUUAACAAAAAGGACUUAAAAAAAACUUGAAAGACAAAACUUUUUGGAAGGAUGUGACAAUUCAGGACACGAACUCGCUUCGACUUGAGAUGGCCAACUUUUUCUCGGAGUGCCUGUCCAUUUCCAGGGACAUCGGCUGCCACAAACCACAGCCUCAGUCCGCUGGGAGACUUACCUGUCAUUCCUUAGUUGUGUAGGGACCAAAUGACCAAACCUUUUUAACACAAAUGAAAAAGAAAAAAGAAAAAAAAAACUGUAACUUUAUCAGACCACUGCAUCUCUUGCUGUGCCAAUUGGUUUAAGAGUUGUAUUUAAAAAAGAUAUAUGUAUAAAAAGAACAUAUAUGACUAUAUGCAUAAAUGCAUACAUAUAGAUUGCUGAUAUGCUUUUGAAUACUGGCAAAACUAUUUCCGAUGGCCUGUCAAGGCCAUUCACUUCGCUAGUUUACAAUUACUGCUCAAAAUGAAGAAUAUUUAUUUUUAUUUCUCUUCUAGUUUUCUCUGUGUUGAGCGAAAGGGUGCAUGGGAAGGGUUGUUCCAUAAUGCAGCCUUACCUUUUCUAUCUUAAUGUCCUUACCUUGUAGUUAAGAGACCAUCUUAAAAAGGUUUGAGAUAAACAAUCCUGUUUAUAUAUAACGUACAUACGAUAUGUAUAUGUAUAGCAGACGUUCAAGCAAUAUGUAUUCAUAUUUAUGCACCUGUAUAGCAUAUAUAUGGAUACAUAUGAUAUUAAUCCCAAAACCCAUAUAUGUAUUUAUAUGCAUAUAUUUUAUAUGUGUGUAUAUAUAUAUAGAAACUGGCAAUUCAAUAUGUAGAGCUGUAAUUUUUUUUGUAGAUUUAAAAUGGAGUUUGAACCACUGCUCUGCUUUGGACUUUUAGCACUUGGAAGACUCUCAAAUCGGCAGCUGCAAUCUGCAGGCAUUCCUCUCUGUCUGAUAUAACAUUCUCUAUCCGCUAACACACACACACACACACACACACACACACACACACACACACACACACACACACACACACACACACACACACACACACACACACACUCAAGGGUAUGAAAACUGAUCUAGUUUGUGUAUAUAUGUGUAUAUGCUAUUUACAAAUGCAAAAAGGCCUCCUCUCAAUUGAGAGUUUAAAGAGAAUGAGUUUUAUUACGAAAUAGUAAAGAAAACAUUACGGACAUAUCUGACUCCACGCACUACGAAAUACUCUGCAAACAUUUGCAAACACGUGUGAUAUACGAACAAACAAACAUUAUCUAUCCACUUGAACUGAGAGCUGGCUAUACAUACGGACACCUGACGGUUUUUUAACUCUGCUGCGAUUUGCGCAUGUUGCGCUGAAUUAUUGGCUAGCGCAAGCGCAUCCGUUCACUUUGCAGCACUGUGCUACAAUGCUAGCAGCCAUUCAUUAUAAUGAUGUCAAAGCAACAGAAACACUCUACUUCUUAUAUAUAUAUAUAGAUAUAUAUUAAAAAAAACAUAAAACAAAGACAACUACUAUAGCUACAGCUAACAGAAAAGCCUUCAAAUAAUUGUUGACAUGAAAAUCCGCCGUCCGCCAUCUGUCGAUGCAUCAACUCGUAAUGUGAGGGACAUUCUGCUUACAGUUACAAAUUAAGUGGGCAUUAUGUACAUGUUUUGCACAAGUAUCGUACCCCAUCACACUGCGUGUUUACAUGCUCCUUCAGAGUUCGAACAUAUUUAACGGGGAGUUUUUUGCUCAUAAUAGACUAGUUGAUAAUGGGAUUUUAGAAUUUCUAGUUGCAAAUUAGAGGGUAAGGACUUUGAUUUUGUUAGGUUAUGCUUUGCAUUAAAUUGACUAUUAUGAUGGCACUAUUGUAAAUAUAUGGUAAUUCCAGAGGUGGUUGACUUAACCGAAUAGUGAAGUGUCUGUACAGUGACAAAUCAGUAGUCAGUUCACCUCAUUUUGUAGGGGAAUUUAACGUACCUUCAGGCAGGUUCCAAGAAUGUUGCAUUUUGCCUUCUAGAUCUUUCCGACACGUUCAUUCAGGUAUUUCAGGAUCGUUUGCAAGGAUAUGCAUACGUCAUCGUAUUUCAGCGUUACCUCUCUUUCUCGCCCUUAAACCAGCUUUUCUGUCUGUCUCUCUCAUCUUCUCCCUUUCUCCAUCCACAUAUCGUUUCAGCUGCACUUGUUUACAUAGCAAUCUGGAAAUGGAAGGUUGACAAACCAACACAACAGAACAGAAAUUUUAUUAUAAAUACAGAUAAAUAUAUACAUGAACUACUGAAUAUACUGUAAAUGUUUUUUCUCUUUUUUGCUCUGUUCAUCUGUAUAUAGGUUUGCAUAUUUUAUAGUAUUUUACUUCUAUCUAGAAGGACUGGAUGACAAAGAAAGUUUAAGGACAAAAAAUGAAAAACAAGCUGAAGCAGAAAUAAAGCAGGUAAACUCUAGUCCUUGUUGAUGCAGUAUGGUUGUAAGUUACUUAGGUAUUUAAUUACAGAACGCAAGAGGAGCCAAUCCAAACUGAUUAUUGAUCACUUUCAAAACUGCUGCCAACAUGCAUAUUUAUGUAAUAAUUAAUUUGUCCAUUUAUUAAAAUGUCAUUUGUUAAAUUAUUUUUUUUUGCACUUUAAUUCAUAUAAACUAAUAUUUGUAUUUUUGUCUUUUCACUGAUUGUAAUUAAUUUUUUAUGUUUAUAACCACACAGAAUAUCAGUUUGUCAUUUAAACAGCGCCUUUUCAAAAAUAUAUUUUUUUUUUUUCAUGUUUUGUAUUGAGACACAAUGGAACAAUGCAACUUGGCAGAAUCAGGGUAAUCCUUUAUGGAGAAUGUUAAACUCUUGAAGGACUGGUGUCGAAAGUUUUGCUGCACUUGUUAGAACUGAAUGCUGAUUUCUUCUGUUUCAUGGCUGUGUAAGAACUCUGCCCUGCUUCACUGCUUUUUUUCCAAACAGAAAAGAAAAACACUGCACUAAUCCAUCAGACUCUCAGUAACUCCGAUUUUAUUGCCGUUCUUUAUUAGCGUUAACUGUCCUCAAGUCUAAACUUGUAAAAACAAUGCAGUCACGGCUUGCAAAAGGGGAAAAUACAAAGAAAAGAAACUUUUCAGACAUUUUGAGCACAGUUUAGAGUGAUGGGAGGUGUUUGUGGAUUUCUGCCAAUUCAAUCACAAUGAGACUGAGCUGUAAUAGCCAUCAGUGCUGUAGCAGCACCCCAUUUCUCCUCGACUCCAGGUCCCUAGUCUCUUUUGUAAUUUUUCUGAAUGACGCGUUUCCGCUUAAGCCCAGUAAUAAAGCACAGUGUAGAA